GCAGCACCCAGAAGUGAACAAAGCGACCCGGAAGCGGUGGUCCGACCGGAGGCAGAAAGAACAUCAACCUUUUAUAUUAUAGCUGUUCUCGCAAGACAAUAUCUGCAAUCAGGACACAAGGAUGGCAGAGCCUCGGUUUAACAACCCGUACUUCUGGCCGCCGCCUCCAUCCAUGCCAGGCCAGCUGGAUAACCUGGUCCUCAUUAACAAGAUCAAGGAGCAGCUGAUGGCUGAGAAGAUUCGACCCCUGCACCUGCCGCCUACCUCCACUCCUUCUCAGCAGCCUUUACUAGUGCCCACCUCGUCCCCAGACGGUAGCGCUCAGCACGGCAUGCCGGUUCCAAAGCCUCAGCCUCAACAGGUGCCGGGCCACCACCCGCAGCCGCAGGGCUCUGGACAGCCAGACAUCGCCCUGCACGCUCGUCCUGCCUCCAGUUCUGGGCCAGAUGGAAAUAUGGACGACAAGUCAGCGGUGAAGGCCAAAGGACUGUGGGAAGACUGGCACAUGAGACAGCUCAGCGAGCAAUCUGGCCGGGUCAACCAUCGCUCAGGUCUGGCUCCCUCAUCUCGACCUGACAGCCACAGCGUCUCAGAGGCCCUGACCCCGACGACUCCAACCUCCAGCAGCCAGAACCGCUUGGGUGGCACCCCCUCUUUGAACAUCAUCUCUGGACUGGCUAGUGGUCCUGGCAUCGACCACAUGAAGGCCGGUGGCCUGGCAGGACUGUUGGGCCCCCCGCCAAAGGCACCUCGGGGAAGAAAGAAGAUCAAAGCCGAAAAUACAUCUGGUCCUCUGCUGGUGGUGCCCUACCCCAUCCUAGCUGACCAAGGAUGUGUCACCGUUGCACCCAAAGAGGGCAAAACCUACAGAUGCAAAGUCUGCCCGCUCACCUUCUUAACCAAGUCAGAGAUGCAGAUUCAUUCCAAGUCGCACACAGAGGCCAAACCACACAAAUGUCCCCACUGCUCCAAGACGUUCGCCAACGCCUCUUACCUGUCCCAGCACUUGCGCAUUCACCUGGGGAUCAAACCCUACCACUGCUCCUACUGCGAGAACUCGUUCCGUCAGCUGUCACACCUGCAGCAGCAUACCAGAAUCCACACCGGCGAUAGGCCUUAUAAAUGUGCCCACCCUGGAUGUGAAAAGGCUUUUACCCAGCUGUCUAACCUUCAGUCUCACCAGAGGCAGCACAAUAAAGACAAGCCCUAUAAAUGUCCUAACUGCUACCGUGCCUACUCAGACUCUGCAUCGUUGCAGAUCCACUUGUCAGCGCAUGCCAUCAAAAACGCUAAGGCCUACUGCUGUAGCAUGUGUGGCCGGGCAUACACCUCAGAGACCUACCUUAUGAAGCACAUGUCCAAACACACAGUGGUGGAGCACCUGGUGAGUCCCCAUUCGCCCCAGAGGACAGAGUCCCCCAGCAUCCCCAUACGCAUCUCCCUCAUCUGAGCCUGGACAUUCAGCAGCAAGAUUCAGUCAGCGUUCGGCUGGAGCUUAUGAGGCCCUGCACCCACGGCCAUCUACAUAAGGCUUACAUUAGCAUUAUGACAGCUGACAUAAGCAUUCAGUGUUAGAUUUCGUAAGCAGACUGCCUCCAUCCGUCUCGACACAGGCCGUCUAUCAAAAAGGAGCACAGCGUUAUUUUGUGAAUGUAAAAAUACAGCCAGAUAUUGUCCAGAGGAUCGAGUGGCAAAGAAUGUCUUGCGUCAGAUUUAAUAAGCACUUUCGUAAGCAUCAUGUAAACCGCCGGAUGCAUUGGCCAUUAAAAAAAAAGUUUUACUUGUCUUUUUUUUUUUUUUCUUCUUUCUCUUCCAUGAAAUGGGUUUCCAAAAUGUGCCAGAUGAUAUUUGCCCUAAUACAGAAUUGAGAAAGUGGGGGGGGGGAAAAUUGCUGGGUGUAUUCUGGAGACAUCCAAAGAUAAUCUUAAAGCACUUUUAGGCCUUGUGGUUGUGGUCAAAUUGUUUCAAUCUUGUUGGAUGGAAAAUGCCAAAGGGCAUUACUCGUGGCAGCUAAGAGUACCGACUGUACAAAAAAACAGUCCUUUUUUUUUGUUGUUCUGUUUUUACUCUUUUUUUUUUUGUGCAAGCACAGGGUCAUCAAAAUUUGAAAAGCAAUCGA